UUCCCACAAUCAAUUAAACCAUGGAGAUUGCUGCUAUUCAAAUACAAGCAGUUGCAGUUUUUGUUGCCCUAAUCUUGAUCUACAGACAAUGGAGAGUAAAGUCGAACACUCACAAAAGCAAGUGGAGGUUGGCCCCUGAACCAUCCGGUGCCUUCCCAAUUCUUGGUCACCUGCUUUUGCUUGGAGGACAAGAGACAGUUACUCGAACCCUUGGUGCCAUAGCCGAUAAAUACGGGCCAGCCUUUAUGCUUCGGCUUGGUGCAAAUCUUACUUUAGUGGUAAGUAGUUGGGAGAUGAUGAAGGACUGCUUCACUAUCAAUGAUCGAGUUUUGGCCACACGCCCUCUCACCGCAGUUGGGAAGCAUAUCGGCUACGAUUACGCGAAUAUCGGGUUCGCCCCUUACGGACCAUACUGGCGUGAGAUUAGAAAGAUAGCCACAAUUGAACUCCUCUCCAAAACAAGGCUUGAGAUGCUCAAACAUGUUAGAAUCAAUGAAAUAGAUGUUUCAAUUAAAGAGUUGUACUCUCUUUGGGUCAAGCAUGCUAACAAGGGUACUCAAUUUGUUAAAAUAGAGAUGAAGCAGUGGUUUGAGCAUCUAAGCUUCAAUGUCAUCACCAAAAUGAUCGCCGGAAAACGAUAUUUUGGCAACGUCGAUGCCGGAUAUGAAGAUGAGGCCCGGAGAUUCCGAAAAGCGAUUGAUGAGAUAGCACAUCUAAGUGGGGAAUUUGUGAUAUCGGAUGCACUCCCUUAUCUCAAAUGGUUAGACUUGGGGGGAUAUUUGAGAUCCAUGAAGUGUGUUGCUAAGGAAGUAGACUCUAUAAUUGGAAAUUGGGUAGAAGAACAUCGUAGCAACGCACUAUCUUCUGUUAAGAGAAAAGGUGAAGAGCUAGACUUCAUAGAUGUGAUGCUAUCGAUCAUUCAUAUUAAUGAUAAUGAUUUGUUGAAGUCUAGUUACGAUGGAGAUACCAUCAUCAAGGCAACUGUAUUGGCAUUGAUAACAGCUAGCUCGGAUACAACAUCAGUCACCUUGACAUGGGCCCUCUCCUUACUACUAAACAACCGCCAAGUAUUAAAAAAAGCCCAAGAUGAGUUGGAUAACCAUGUUAGUAGAGAGAGACACGUGGACGAAUCAGAUAUAAAAAAUCUGGUAUACUUGCAUGCAAUCGUCAAGGAAACAUUGCGUCUAUACCCUGCUGCACCAUUAGCAAUACCACAUCAAGCCACGGAAGACUGUAAAGUGGGUGGAUAUGAUGUACCCAAAGGCACACAGUUACUGGUGAACAUUUGGAAAUUGCAGAGAGAUCCUCGUGUUUGGUUAGACCCUCACGAAUUCAAACCGGAGAGAUUUCUCACUACACAUGCUAAUGUUGAUGUGAGGGGUCAGCAAUUUGAGUUCAUUCCUUUUGGCUCUGGAGUGCGAUCUUGCCCAGGUAUCACUUUCGCAAUGCAGGUCUUACACUUGACACUGGCUCGUUUGCUUCAUGGGUUCAAUUUAGAGACCCCUUCAUGUGAACCAAUAGACAUGAGUGAAGGCUUAGGGCUCACCCUGCCCAAGAAAACUCCUCUAGAAGUCCUGCUCUCCCCACGCCUUCCAUCUAAGCUUUAUGAAUAGUUGCUUGUAGUUCUUAUUAUGAUGAUGGGCGUGGUGCAAUCUAUCGGUGUAUGACUUUGAUGG